AUGACACCUGCUCUUGCUCUUCCUACAGUAAACAAAUGUCCAAUCCUCAGUCAACAAAUGUCCAAUCCUCAGUCAACAAAUGUCCAAUCCUCAGUCAACAAAUGUCCAAUCCUCAGUCAACAAAUGUCCAAUCCUCAGUCAACAAAUGUCCAAUCCUCAGUCAACAAAUGUCCAAUCCUCAGUCAACAAAUGUCCAAUCCUCAGUCAACAAAUGUCCAAUCCUCAGUCAACAAAUGUCCAAUCCUCAGUCAACAAAUGUCCAAUCUUUGGUCAACAAAUGUCCAAUCCUCGGUCAACAAAUGUCCAAUCCUCGGUCAACAAAUGUCCAAUCCUCAGUCAACAAAUGUCCAAUCCUCAGUCAACAAAUGUCCAAUCCUCAGUCAACAAAUGUCCAAUCCUCAGUCAACAAAUGUCCAAUCAUCAGUCAACAAAUGUCCAAUCCUCAGUCAACAAAUGUCCAAUCCUCAGUCAACAAAUGUCCAAUCCUCAGUCAACAAAUGUCCAAUCCUCAGUCAACAAAUGUCCAAUCCUCAGUCAACAAAUGUCCAAUCCUCAGUCAACAAAUGUCCAAUCCUCAGUCAACAAAUGUCCAAUCCUCGGUCAACAAAUGUCCAAUCCUCGGUCAACAAAUGUCCAAUCCUCAGUCAACAAAUGUCCAAUCCUCAGUCAACAAAUGUCCAAUCCUCGGUCAACAAAUGUCCAAUCCUCGGUCAACAAAUGUCCAAUCUUCGGCAACAAAUGUCCAAUCCUCAGUCAACAAAUGUUCAAUCCUCAGUCAACAAAUGUCCAAUCCUCGAUCAUCAAUCCUCGGUCAACAAAUGUCCAAUCCUCGAUCAACAAUCCUCGGUCAACAAAUGUCCAAUCCUCGAUCAACAAUCCUCGGUCAACAAAUCUCCCAGCAUCACCAGGUACAUGAGCUGUUGUUAG